GAGCCUUGGUGCUCUGCCCAGAGCGGCUUCGCACGCGACAGGCCCCCGGCAGGGCCGAGCAGGGCGGAAAGGGCCAGGCCCCCAUGCCGGAGCGUGCCAUGCUGCACUUCAAAUCGGAGAGGGAAGCUCACAGAGGAAACAGCCUUCAAUUGCAUUUUCCUGAAGGCAAGAAGUAUCCAUGCAACCCGCUUCCUCUUGCUUCAGGAAGUGGCCGCAGAUAGCUUUGUGCUCCUCGGCAGCCCUGCGUAGCCCGGGGCCCGGCGGCAGCACAGCGGGGUCCCCUCCCAGACCACGGCCAUGGGCACGUCGGCUCCCGGACCCGGCUGGUGUGUGCUGGUGCUGGUGCUUCUCCUGGACACCUGCGCCAGCCCGUCUGCCCCAUCCGUGUCCGGCCCCGCCAGCAGGGUCGAGCCGGGCAGCCCCGUGAACUUCACUUGCACGUCCAAAGGGCUCUCCCCCGGAGACAUCACCGUGACCUGGCUCAAGGACGGGGCCAAGCUCCCAGCCCAACCGCUCCAGAUCCUCCUCGAGAAUGAGAGAGACUCCUACUGCGUGUCCAGCACCCUGGCGAGGACGCUGACGGUCGGGGACAUCCGCUCCCAGCUCACCUGCCAGAUCGAGCACAGCACCAUGUCGGCUCCGCUGCGGGGCCUCAGCCAGGCCCUGCGGGGUGAGGCGCCGGCUGGGCCAGACCGGGCGCUCCCAUCGAAGAAAGCUGGUGAGUCUGCGCCUCCCUGCACCCCGAUUCCUGCAUUCACUUCAACAUGUUCCCUGUCCCCGGGGUCUCUGUGGGGCAGGGUUGUGGUGUGCAAAGGGGUCUGGUGCACAGCUCUGCACCCCCGCGACACACCAGGGGCCCAGCACGAGAGGCUGCGCCUGCUCCAGAGCCCUGCUGAGACCUGGAGACAAGUCUCAGCUCUGGGGUGCAGCCCCAGCGCACACACGCACACCUACAACCUUCCCACAGUUGCUCAGGACGAGCUCCCCUGUAAGGGCUGUUUUGUUCCAGUCUCCCCCAGGCCCAGGCUGACCACCAACUACUCUGGUGCCGUCCCCGUGAACGAGAUGGUGGCGUUCACCUGCAGCCUGGUGGGGUUUUACCCCAAUGUGGCGAGGCUCACCUGGAUGGAGAAUGGGAAUGAGACCGGGCCAGAGAAGUCCCCAUCCCCGACGGAGAACCCGAACGGGACCUUCUCGCUGACGAGGACCCUGGAGGUGAGGGCAACCGAGCAGAGGAACCAGUCCUCGUUCACCUGCCGGGCCGUGCACGACUCCCAGCCCCCCGCCAGCGUCACCCGCGUCCUGGCAGUCACCGCGACGAGCAACAAGAUGGAGGAGGACAAGAAGGAAGCUCCUGGCUGCUUUGCCGCCUUGGCCGCUUGCAAGCUUGGAGGCAGCCUCUGCCCCAGAGGCAGGAUGGAGCACGACGGUGGAGCGGUGGUGGGCUCACCAGCUGCUCCAAGCACCCCGGGCAUCUGA